AACCGAGGCUGCAGGUUUUUGUCGAGUUGCCCCUGCAUAUUCGGCCUCGGCCGGUUGCACAUGCACGCACAUGGUAGUCAUGGUUCACUCCGGCUUGUUUUCGAGUCUAUUUACGAGUACUCUCAGGUACGGAUACUAGCAGGGCUUUCGACGAAGAACCGGACACGCUUCCCGGCAUCCAGGAGCUGAAUGGACUCAUCGGGUCCGAUGUUGGCCGCGUCCACGAGCUCAUGCUUUCGCUAUCUGGGUAUACCAGUCAACAUCCUCUUUGAUGUUCACCGAAGCACCAGCACCAGAUGUGGUUGGGCAAUGAUUAGCAGGACCGGAAGAUGCAGCGACUUGGAUCGCACCAGGCCACUGUUAUCUCCUGUUCUCAUGCAUUGGCCACAGUAACGCCAACUAUUCUCUGCGCCUUCUGGAUGCAAUCCUGACAGCUUUCAGCGCGGCUACCAGUCACAGCGACUAUCCUGAAAAUGUGGAUUCACCCUUCGCCCUUCGUCGGCCAGGACAUAGUCAUCUACAGUUCCGCAGAUGUUGCCGCUACAUCAAUCGGGAUGCAAACCUGCCUCAAGGCGGCACGCUCACAACCAGGAGCCUAUCAAACAGUCCAGAAAGACGCCGAUUCGUUCUACAGGGAGAACCAUUUCCAAAGGCCAAUCAUGGACAAUGACACGGAGAAGCUUUCUUAUUUAUGUGUGGCUCUCAAGAAAACCUUGCUGCUGUUAGCCCUCAACACUCUACCAUCUCCUACGUGUCAAGAAUCGCGCUUUGCUAUUGUUAGCAUCGCCGUUGCUCCCCGGACUGCGGUCGGGAUGAUUUUCAAGAGCUCCAACCUCAGAUCCCGAGACCUGGCCGAACUCUGUGCUAGACUGGUGAGGUCUUGCUCUCCUCUUCCCAUGUGAGGCGCCAUGCAAACCCCAGAAUGUGUCCAGAGCCAACAUCGAGUUCGAACAUUAUUGUCUUCGGAGAGAUAUGCCUGAAAGAGACAUUUGUUCUUUGGGUGUUGUGGGGCCACCCAGAUUUUUGCCGGCUUAGGAAUAGCUUCAAAACCCUCACACGUCCAUGAUGGACAUCGCGGUGUGCGCGUUGUGCGCGCUGUAGCAUACGGGUAGUACAUCUACCCCGGUUCCAAGGCAGGCAUCAGAUUAUACAGGGAUGGUGCAAUUCGUCUUGAUGGACGAUACCCCGAGUAUUGCUGAUCAGCUAUUCUCCCAAGAAUUGGUCGCUGGAAUAUCUCAGCAGCCACCCAGCAGCUAGACCAUCUGGGCUCUGGCACAGAUCCACCACAAGACCCCUGGCCUACAAGUAUUUCUUCAUUCUGCAAAGAAGUCCCCGUCUUUCCCUAUUCCAGCACCAUAAUGAGCCUCCGUCUGCUGCCUUCGCUAUGGCCUGUCUAUCAGUACGCCAGUGUGGGCUGAUCGAUCGCCCAGCUGUUCGAAGCCCAUACUGAACCACGCACGCCGAAUACAAUGUCCUUAGUACCAUCAUGCUAGACAUAUUUGGGUUCUUGAGCACAGGAGGACUGAUAGCGAUGCAACUCUUGGCCCUUUGUAACUACUUCAUCAACGUCCGAACCAACCUUCUUCCUUCAUACAGCUUUUUCGAGGGCCUGUACGUCUUCCCUUUUACUUACAACAGGAGUCGAGCUUACCGCGCACACGCGCACCAUGGUCUGGCCAACCUCGUCCUUCGUCAUGCUAACGAGUCCCUUCACGCUCGUGUCUUUGGCCGUAUGCGUCAGCAUCUUGCUAUAUCUAUUUCAUUUGAGAAGAAGUGAUCAGCAACAUGUUCUUCGUCGUUUUCUGAGCCUACAACAGCCGCGGACAACUACCGCACUCGAGUCCUCUCCAGAAAAACCGGCUCAGCGCACGGAACCGAGUUAUGUCGACGUCUUUCCGCCCACGCAGCGCGGGACCCUGGACAAGAUUGUGUCGAAACUACCCGAGGUUCAGAAGCAAGCCAUGGGUGGUCACCUUCCCUUCGACGAAGCGGCGUUCCAACGCGCCCUUCUCGGUCUUAAUGAGAACUACGAAACGGCCGCCCCGAACAAAUAUUGCUUCUCGGGCUUUUCGAUGGCCGAGAUUCGAGCACUGGGCGACUUUCCCGAUUACGCAGAGCUCAGUGGCGUGCCGGCUCCAGCGCCCUACAAGCAGUUCAAUAUAGAAACUGCACUACCGCGCCCGUAUCGCCCUUUCAGGUGGUCAUACCACCAGACGAUGUCAUUGAUGAAGAUGGAGCCAGACUUCUGGAUCGAACUCGAAAAUUCCUACAAAGAGCGCAUUGCCGAGCGACAGAACCUCUACGCCCGCCACGGCGGAGACGUCCUGCAACACCUUCCAGGGUCUGAACUUGCCUGCAAAGAGCUGAUGGAAAUGGUGCUGCAGUUCCUCUGUGCCAGAUAUCCACAGUACUUCACUCUCUCCGCCGACAAGACGGUCCUCGAGAACGGGAUCCUCCAGACAACGACCGAUCUCAAACGCACUCCUCCUCUGAUUACGCUUCUCAACAACGUACCCGAGGACUUUGCCAUCAUGCUCCGCAAUCCCGCGGACGGCUACUACUACCUCCGAGCGGGCAUCAUCUGCUCUGCCGUGGGAUGGAAUUUGGGCUUGAAGAUCGGCAAAAGCUUGCCUGAGAUCCAUAUCCCAGUCCCGGAUUACAAAGAGAAAAUGCAAAUGAGCAUGGACAGGUUCUUCACGAAAAUGCCCACCACCAAGCCCAUUCAACGCGGCUCCUGGUUUUUCGAGAUCGACCAACCCCUCUACAUGCCGCCGAACGACCCUCGUGAGAAGAGACUGGGGUUUCAAGACCCUCGGCUGGAGCCAGAGAAUAUACAUCUACGGGUUGACUGGCAGACUCUACGCCGUCUGCCGUUAUCUGGAGGUGUCGUCUUCAACUUCAAGGCCCUGUUCACCCCGAUCACGGAAUUCCGCAACGAACCAUAUAUCCCCAGCUUGACGCUCAAGCUCUUGAACGAAAGUAAAGCAGACCUUCUGAAGUAUAAGCAUACCUGGCACAUCGAGCACAUUGUCAAACCCCUGAUGGCCAGGUAUGAGAAGGAGCAAUUUGAGACAGGUGUGAUUCCCAGGGAUUGGGUCCAUCACACUCUCGAUGAGUCGCCGUUCUUCCCUGGUUGGGAAGACAAAUGGCGUCUGCAGCAAGGUUUCUGAGAGCUCAGCUUUCUUGUUGUUAGCAGAGUCAUGAUUAUAUCUCAGUUCAUGAAUAUUUCUAGAUGUUGCUAAUGUCAUUGUGUCCCAGCAUAAUCUCGUCAGCCUCUAAUGAAUAAUGGUCCAAAACUCUCCUG